UAUAACAAAUCAUUGUCUUGAUAUGAAGAAAUCAGCAAAAAAGAAAAAGAAGGUAUUUUUGGGUCUGCAAACCCUCAGUUUAAUUCACGUGAUGCUUUCAGCCAUGUCCCCGUGAGCAUGAAAUUCGAGGAAAGCGCAAGCGCCCACUCUUUCUUUCUUUUAAUUUCUCCUCUAGAGAGAGAGAGAGAGAGAGAGAGAGAGAGUUGAGUAGAGAUCACAAUUCACAAACAAACCUCCAUUAGUGAAACACCCUGUAAUGUGUGAGUAGAGAUAAGUCGCCAUAAAUUUAUACUCCAAUUCUUGACUCUUGUUGUGGUUGCUUCUCUCUCUCUCUCUCUCUCCUGGUCAAACCUAAUGUGCAGACAGCGACACUAAUUGGCGCCCUUACUUUACACUUCAUUGGCCCCCCAAUGAUUCACAAUAAUCUUGUGUCACACUCCUAUAAUUACACUUUCCCUGCAGUGAUGCUACUAGAUCUGGAGAUUCCACCAAUUAUCAUAAUGCUAAAGCUCAAGACAGAAAGCCAUCACCCUUUUCGAUCCCCCAUCUGUCUAGGCGUUUUCUGUUGAUCAAGAUUUUGAACCAAAUGAUGAUACCCCUUUUUGCUAAUUCUAAUCAUUAAUUUGAUUUUCUUUCCAAGAUUGCACCUUUGAGAGAAUAAAGCAAUGCAUUAGUGCACUCCCCAUUCCAGUUUUCCAUCAAUGGCUAUUGGUUUCUGUCUGUUUUUGUUGGUGUUGGCUGCAUUUCCACAAGUAAGAUCAGGUGAUGCUGAGGCUCUGCUCUCCCUCAAGGCCUCCAUUGAUCCAUUGGGUGUGCUGCAAUGGCAGCAGGGGAUUGAUGUGUGUAAGUGGGAAGGUGUGAAGCAAUGCCUUAAUGGGAGAGUGAUGAAGCUUGUGGUUGAGGGAUUUAAUCUAAGUGGGAGGUUAAAUGGGGAAAGCCUCAAUCAGUUGGAUCAGCUGAGGGUGUUGAGUUUUAAAGAGAACUCACUCUCUGGUGAGAUUCCACAGCUUGCUGGACUUGUCAAUCUCAAGUCUCUCUUCCUCAAUGACAACAGAUUCUCUGGGGGAAUCCCAGCCGGUCUCUCCGCCCUGCAUCGCCUCAAAGUUGUCGUGCUGUCCGGUAACGGAUUAUCCGGUCCCAUUCCUCGUUCAUUGCUUGAGUUGAGUAGAUUGUAUGUGCUUUAUUUGCAGGAUAAUCAGUUGAGUGGUGGGGUUCCUCCAUUUUCUCAGAAUACUUUGAGAUUCUUUAAUGUGUCUAAUAAUUUGCUCUCUGGGGAAAUCCCAAAAACUGCUGUAUUGGUUAGGUUCAAUAGCUCCUCGUUCGUUGGUAAUGCUGAUUUGUGUGGCGAACAGAUUCAAAAACCGUGUAUUUUGAGUCCAUCUAGUAGUCCAUCAAUGGCACCCUCAAAGAAUUUGGGGCAUAGGAAGAGGAAUAAGAAGCUUGUUUUGAUCAUUGUGUCAAGUGUAGGAGGAUUUGCCUUGUUGUGUACUGCAACCGUGCUUCUAAUCGUGUGUUUGAGGAAAAGGAGAAAGGGAAAGGAAGGUAGGGAUAAGGUGGUUGCACGAGGGGGGGACGAGGGAGCGCGUAGUGGUGUUGGUAGGGAUGAUAGUGGUAGGGCUAGUAAGCAAGGAAGCUUGUCUUGGGACCAAGGGGGCGACGGGGUUGGUGUUUUAGCGUUCCUUGGGCCCGGUGAUCAGUUGAUGAGUUACAGCAUGGAGGAUUUGCUGAAAGCCUCAGCUGAGACGUUGGGGAGGGGAACAAUGGGGAGCACUUACAAGGCAGUGAUGGAGUCGGGGUACAUUGUGACCGUUAAGAGGCUCAAGGAGUCGAGGUACCCUAGGAUGGAGGAGUUCAGGAGGCACAUUGAGAUUCUUGGUAGGUUAAGGCAUCCUAAUCUGGUCCCCCUCCGCGCCUAUUUCCAUGCCAAGGAGGAACGGCUACUCGUAUACGAUUAUUUCCCAAAUGGCAGCCUCUUCUCUCUGGUACAUGGAACAAAAUCUGCAGGUGGUUCAAAGCCUCUGCAUUGGACAUCAUGUCUGAAAAUAGCAGAGGACUUAGCUGCAGCAUUGGUUCACAUCCAUCAAAACCCUGGCCUAACUCAUGGCAACCUCAAGGCCACCAAUGUUCUACUAGGAUCCGACUUCGAGUCUUGCCUCACGGACUAUGGUCUAACCCCGUUGAGGAACCCCGACUCACACGAGGAGCCCGGGGCCUCCUCCCUUUUCUACCGGGCCCCUGAAUGCCGCGACCCGAGAAAGCCGGUGACUCAAGAAGCUGAUGUGUACAGCUACGGAGUCCUCUUGCUGGAGCUGCUGACUGGGAAGACUCCUUUCCAGGAUCUCGUGGAAGAGCACGGCUCGGAUAUACCGAAGUGGGUCCGGUCGGUUAGGGAGGAGACGACGGAGUCGGGGGACGAGCAUUCCUCGGGCAAUGAGGGGUCGGAGGAGAAGCUCAAUGCUCUUCUCAACAUUGCGAUGGCGUGCGUUUGUGUUGCGGUUGGGAGCCGGCCGGCCAUGAAGGACGUGGUGAGGAUGAUCAGGGAGGCGAGGGCGGAGGCGCAGACGCAGGUGUCGUCGAAUAGCAGCGAUCACUCGCCGGGGCGGUGGUCCGACACGGUGCAGAGCUUGACAAGGGAAGAUCAUUCCAGCAUAUGAAUAUGAAUGUGAUGGCUUUUGAUGAUUUGUGUAUUCUUUUGUUUCUCCAAAAGUGUAUUUUUGUGGUUAGAUUAUAUUUAUUUAGUCAUUGCUUUUUGGCUUGGAUGUUUUUGCUUUUUUAUAAAUGGUUUUUCGUGAUC